AUGCGACCAGUUGUACUCGUCGGACCUUCGCUGAAGGGUUAUGAGGUCACCGAUAUGAUGCAAAAGGCUAUUUUUGACUUUCUUAAACAUCGAUUUGAAGGAAGGUACGACGUGUUUUCACAGCGCAUUUCUUUCCAUGGGUAUGUUACCUUUCAGAGUGAAAAUUCGUCCAUGUUGACUGACACAAUUUUGCUUGUCGUUCCUGACCGGUAA